CACGGCUGCUCCAUAAAAGGUUAACGAACUUUGACACCGCCACAGACUGCGAUUAAUAGCGCAGUGCGAACAAUGACGACUGACACUGCCCGGCACUGAGAAUCUAAGGCACCAGCGAGGCGAAUCUCUACAUAAGAAAAAAAAUGCAGAAGAGCGGUCCCCACAGCGACUAUGAUAAUCUACCGAUGAGUUAUGUACAAGCGGUUCAAAACCCAGCCUACCCUCCACAGGCGCCACCAUACUCCUCCACCUACAUGCCAGCUGCACCACCAUACAGUGAACAAAACCCCGCACUGGUGGGUGCGCCAGGUUAUAGCGCCUACCCUCCUCCUCCUGACCAGCCUCAUUAUGGUUUCCUUGGUGAAGGUGGUCCCAAACCAGAGGUAGAAAUGCCACCGGAGUACACGGCCGGGAUUGAGGAUAUCAACCCAUUCUCUGAACGUGCAGUCAGAAGAGCCUUUAUCCGAAAGGUCUACAUCACACUGACCAUCCAGCUGGUAAUAACUUUUGGACUCGUGUUCAUGUUUACAUUUUGGCAAACACUGAGGCAGUGGACAUGGCAAAAUCCUUAUCUUGCAUACGCCCUUCUACCUAGUACUUUCAUUCUGAUUAUGGUGCUUGCUUGCUGUGACCAGGCUCGUCGGAGAGUUCCAUUAAACUUCAUACUCCUUGGAAUCUUUACUGUGUUUGAAGGCUGUUUGCUUGGAUCGCUUGCAGCGUUCUUUGAUGCUGAUGCCGUGAUGUGGGCCACCGGAGCCACCAUACUUGUCACUUUGGGUCUGACUAUUUUUGCUUUGCAAACAAAGUGGGACUUCACCAUCCUGUCAGGUGGUCUUAUGGUUGCUCUUUUGGUUUUGCUGUCUUUUGGCAUAUUAGCUGCCAUUUUCAGGUCAUUGUGGCUAAAUAUUGUCUAUGCAUGCAUUGGGACCUUCAUUUUUGGAAUGUACUUGGUUGUGGACACGCAGUUAAUCACAGGUGGAAAGCACCGUUACUCAAUCAGCCCCGAGGAAUACAUCUUUGCUGCUCUGAACAUUUAUGUGGACAUCAUCAAUCUCUUCAUGCUCCUCCUGCAGAUAUUUGGAUUGUGUCGUUAAUUACUUUGAAAGGUUUACCUCAUCUUACAGCAUGAUUACUAGAUAAAGACGAAAGAAGGGGCAUGUACGGUGCCCAUUACUGUACCCCACAGUCUCCAAUGACACAAAUACAGAUGUAAUAAGGACAAUCUACUGCAUACAUUCCUUAUAUUAAUUUGUUGGACUUAUUGUUCCGUUAUUAAACUUGUAGAUUAUUUAUUUUUUAUUGAGAUUGUAACUGGUUUUUUAAAUAUCCUUUGUAAAACUUAAUUUGUGUAGCAAUUAUAAAUUUUGUUCCAAAUGGUUGCACACAACAUUCUUGUGUUUGCUUUUUAAGAUGGGUCUAGUCUUUUUUAAAACUGCUCUCUGUAUCUGCCAUUACUACCUCUAGAAUCAAUGCAUUCUCCAAGUUGUUCUUAAUAGUCACUCAUUUUUUAUUGUUUACCUAUAAAGUAGGUUUCCAAAAUUGCAGUUCAUGGAAGACCAUUGAAAGUAUUUCAAUACAGACCCAAGUAGUAAGCGACUAUGUCUUUGACAUUUCUGUCCUCUCAAACCUUAAAGAGGCUGUUUGAGUUAAAUCAAAACUCGGGCAAGCCCUGUAAAAGGCCUAAACUAAAAUAUGAAUGGCUACUCUUACGACUGUAGGAAGGGGCAGACAAGGACAGUGAGCCCUAAGGCUAGAACCCAGCCCGCUUUCCCUAACUACUUGCAGUACAAGCCCUAGAUAGCUAAUCCCAACUGGUCAACGGUCCCUACGCUAUUUAAGUGCAGACUGACAAACAACAAUCACAAUACCAGAGUCGUACGUAAAUGGGUCAGAACCUGACAAGCUAAGCAGAACCAAAGAGACAGAGAGUGGUCAGAAGACAAGCCAAAAUCAGAAACAGCCUGACAACGCAGUACCAAACGAGAGACAAAGAAUGGUCAGAAUACAAGCUGGGGUCAGAGGAACAAGCAAUCCAAUAAGCACAGGAACAAGGAACACAGCUAGUGAGUCAGAGACUAUCACUGGCACUGGUGUAUGGCCAGGAAGGGUUUUAAAUAGAGCACAGAGUCCCUGGAUCAGAACCUGAUAGG